CGUCGCUGUGACUCGGAGUGAGCGCGAGAGACGAGACACUUGGGUCUUCGCCGAGGCUGAGCCAUGGGACCGCUGACCGCCCUCCUGCUGGCGUCCGCCUGCGCCGUGGGUCUGCGGGGGAAACCGACAUCCACAGGUGUGGAUCACGGCCUUAACUGUGUGAGCGACUACUUCAGCAUCAACUGUUCUCUGAGCAUCCCACCAACACAUGACCUCCUGGACAACACCUCCUACUUGCUCCUAUUUCAGCAAUCUCUGCUCGACUUUGAAAAAGACGUGUAUAAGUGUAUGCUGUCGCCCAUCAACGACUACUACUUCUGUUCGUUUGACAAGCGUUCUCCCGAUGAUUAUGACCAAAUGCGUGAGAGCUUCUGGGACACGGACAUCUUUGAAAUUUCUCUGUGUAACAGCAGAGAUGAUGACCCCAAAAACUGCACGGUGCUGGAUGAGGAAUACAUGCCUGCAAAAAACAUUAUACCACUACGGCCCUGCGACCUCACGGUAAACCACACUUCCAGCCGGUACCACUUCAACUGGAAAAGUUGUUACGAGGAUUACCUGCCCAACUACAUCCUGAUCGACGCACUGAUGUAUCAGCUCCGGUUUUACAAAAAAGACCACGAGGAAAAUGUGACAACACUUCAUGCCAAACAGACAAGUUUAUCAUUGGACGACGACAACUUUGAGCCAGAUUCGGAGUAUGCUGCCAGGGUACAGUCCAGCCCAGACCAGAGAUUCUACAGUGGUCAAUGGAGUGAAUGGUCGUCAGAAAUCUUCUGGAAGACAGAUCCUCCAAUAAUUCCGGUUUCUCCUCUGCUGGAUAAGAGGGUGACCUUUCUCAUGUGUGUGCUGGUGCCACUGUUGCUACUCCUGUGCUACACACCUGUUGUAAAGUUGAGGAAGAACAUCCUUAUCCCCACACCUGCACCUUACUUCCAGUCCCUCUAUAGUGACUGCCAUGGAGAUUUUAAGACCUGGGUGGUGACACCGAACACAAACAUGGACUUUUUGAAGACCGAGGAAACCCUCCGAAUCGACACCCUGACCAAAAGCACUGAAGUGCAGGAGGAGGAUGGUGCCUUGCACUCCCUCCCCUGGUCGACUGAGGAAGACCUCCCUGGCGGGCUCUCUCAGCAGGCUCCCCAUGCUUCUCUCCUGGGCCUCUCUUACACCGUGACCCCUGUGCCACCUCCAACAAAGACUCUGUCAUUCAGUUCCGACUCGGAGACCGUGAUGGAGGGAGACUCGGGGUGCUGGCUCUACGGUGACACGUCCUUGGAUGCUCACUGGUACAGCAAUGAGUACUGCAUUCUGUCUGACACCCCGAAUGUUCUCCAGAGAUCAGGUUUGGUUAAGGCAGAGGCCUACUGCUCAGAGAACACCUUCGACAAGGUUACGUCAAACAGGGAUUAUCAGAAUGAAGACCUACAGGCCAAUGCUAUUUCAGCUAUGUCUCCAUAUACUUGAGCAGG